CUCUAUGAAAUGACGAAGACCAAUCAGAUUCUUAAAUACUCGGAAAUAACGCCAGUUUAAAUUCUGGGCGCUGUUGAGUUUGGUACGGGUGAAAGCUUUUUAAGAAGGCGCUAUCAUGGAGAACAGCCUGUCCCGACUUCUCGUUGGACUCUCUGUCCAGAUCAGCCGCAGUGAUGGUCGAGUCCAUUCGGCCACCGUGAAAUCCGUUGACAAGUCCACAGUUAUGGUUGAGUGGCAUGAGAGGAACAUGUGCCGUGGAAAGGGGAUUGAUCUAAGUGAGUUAUGUAUACUCAAUCCAGAGGUUUUGGACCCUAUAAAUUCAAUCACAAGCUCAACUCCUGACCCACCGACUCGUGUUCCAGAAAAGAAAUACGAGGGUCGACUGCGCUCCUCUAGGAUUCCUGCACCUGCCUCCUCUUCUACUACGGCAGUCACAAGAACUGAAGAGUCAGGUCGGCACGGCGUGCAUGUUUUUUGUUAA